ACUUUUCCCUUUCCUUCUCAGGGCAGCACAGGACGGAGGAGUUCCGGAAGGUGAAUAUCCUGAUGAAGGUGCCUGCGCUAAAGGAUGGUUCUUUCACCUUAGCAGAGAGCAUUGCAAUCCUCCUGUACCUGGCCCGGAAAUUCAAGACUCCUGAUCACUGGUACCCGUCUGACCUGCAGAAAAGGGCUCGGGUUGAUGAGUACCUGUCCUGGCAGCACGUUAACAUUCGUGGGAAGGGAAGCAAGCUGUUCUUAACUAAGGUGCUGCUGCCUCUCCUCACAGGCCAGCCACUUCCUCCAGAGAAACUGGAAAGUGUUACUGAAGAGCUCAACAUUGUCCUGAACCAGUUUGAGGAGAAGUUCUUGCAGGACAAGCCCUUCAUCGCAGGCAGCGAGGUCUCUCUGGCAGACCUUGUAGCACUGGUGGAGCUCAUGCAGCCCGUGGGCGCUGGCUAUGACCUGUUUGAGGAGAGGCCGAAGUUGGCAGAGUGGCGCAGGCAGGUGGAGGAGGCGGUGGGCAAGCAGCUCUUCCAGGAGGCCCAUGAAGGGAUCUUGAAUGCCAAGAGCUUGACUGCCGAUAAGAUUGCACCCGAACUGCUGGAGCAUUUCAAGCACCAGCUCCUCAAGCAGGCCAGUUAGAAUUAGGGGGUUAUAGUAUAAGUAAAAUUGAUUAUUACGUUCAGGCUUUUUGUAGUAUUUCAGUAUUUUUUCUAAAAAUCAUAUAGAAACACCAUUCCAUAAAAUGCACUUCAAUUGCAGCCUUUCUCUAACUUGGAAGGGAAGAAAACUGCAUCUUAACCAGACUGCAGUGAGCUGCUUUUCCCUUGUCCACUACAGGUAUGUGAGCUGUAGCUCUACAGGCUUUUCUUUCUGGCUCCUACACCGCUGGAUCUGCUUGAGAACAGAAGUGAUGCGGUCCACGGGGCCAGUCAGAACUGCCCUUUCCAUCCCUGUUCUGAGUUUUCCAGAUCACAGCACUAUAGAAGGGGCAAAGGUUUCCUGAGGGUAUGGCAGAGCAGAUCUAUCUGAAAUAAGGAAAAAUCAUUGAAAAUGUCUUUCACUUGGCAACACGCUCAGUUGGAAGAUUUUUGCUCUUUAGUAGAGAGAGAGGUGAGGACCCAGCCUUUGGUGGGGACCCUGCCAGGGCUCUCAGAGCACCUGGCCAAUAAAGACUGCUGUGUCACCUGUGGGAGCAAAGGGACACAGUGCCUGGGAGGAGGGAGGGGGGCUGUGCCUCACCCAAGUGAGGCCUCCAGCUUCUGGGAAGGACAAGAUUAGUCCUAUGAAUAAAGAUCCUCAACCAUAGACUCAUGCCAUACUCUACAAAGAACAGUCUGCACAGUUGAGAAAAGCUGAUUUUUCUAGGCAAGACUGCUGCCAAGCAUACUGUCUGCCUCUGCAAACCAUAUCGGUGCUCUUGUCCUUUCCCCAGAGCUGCUUUGUCAGCUCAAUAGAAGUCAUUCAAGCCAGGCUGUUUCCACUGACCAGUGCUGCUGAGGCUGGGCCA